AUGGCGUACAACGACGACGAGCAGACUGCUCCGACGAGCACCGCCACCGAGCCGGCGAGGCCGACGGUGGGGAUCACGGGCCAACUGGUGAAGCAAGUGCGUCUCAACAAGUACCACAACGACGUCGCGUCCAUGGCACCCCAUGACCAGGAGCUGCUGCUCGAGCUCAGGGGCUCCUCCUCGUCCACCGACAGGGCGGGCCUGGACCUCGUCGCCGUCAUCGACGUCAGCGGCAGCAUGGACGGGGACAGGAUCGACAAGGUGAAGACCGCCCUGCAGUUCGUCAUCCGCAAGCUCAGCGACCUCGACCGCCUCUGCAUCGUCACCUUCUGCACCAACGCCACCCGCCUCUGCCCGCUGCGCUUCGUCACGGCGGCCGCGCAGGCCGAGCUCAAGGCCCUCGUCGACGGCCUCAAGGCCUACGGCGACACCAACAUGAAGGGCGGCCUCGAGACCGGCAUGAGCGUUGUCGACGGCCGCAGUCUGGCCGCCGGCCGCGCCGUCAGCGUCAUGCUCAUGUCCGACGGCUACCAGAACCACGGCGGCGACGCCAGGGACGUCCAUCUCAAGAACGUCCCCGUCUACACCUUCAGCUUCGGCGCGAGCCACGACUCCAACCUGCUGGAAGCGAUCGCGCGCAAGAGCCUUGGCGGGACGUUCAACUACGUCGCCGACAGCGCCAACCUCACGGGGCCCUUCUCCCAGCUCCUUGGCGGCCUCCUCACCAUCAUCGCCCAGGACCUCGAGCUCACCGUCACGCGGUUCCAUGGCGAGGUCACCAUCAAGAGGGUGGUCUGGGUGGACGCGGGGACCUACCCGCAGACCACCGCCAGCGACGGCUCCUCCGUCACAGUCAGCUUCGGCACCCUUUACAGCGCAGAGGCGCGCAGGGUCAUCGUCUACCUCGCGCUUGCUGACAAGACCGCCUCCCCUCCGUACGACGCCAAUGUCUGCUUGGCACAGUACAGAUUCACCUUCCAGGCCCAGCAGGUGACCUCCAACCCCGAUCUCAUCACCAUAAAACGCAGACCGAGUGCUGCACCAGGCGCGGCGAGGAAGCCACAGCCGGUGGAGAACGAGCUGGCCCGGCGGCAGCACGCCGACAUGAUCAGGGCAGCCAGGGACAUGGCCGAGGCCAACAAGAUGGAGGACGCGCGGAACAAGCUGGAGGAGGCGCGGAAGGCACUGGAGGAGAAUUUCAACCAGGCGGCGAACCCGACGGUGGCCAUGCUCCUGGAGGAGCUGCGGCAGCUGCGGGGGCUCAUGGAGAGGCAGUACCUCUACAACAAGGAGGGCCGCCCCUACGCCGCCUCCUCGCUCGCCUCCCACGACCGCCAGCGCGUCGCCACCAGGGGCCAAGCCGACGGCGUCCGGCUCUACACCACGCCGCACAUGGACACCUACCUCAAGCAGGCCGAGCAGUUCGAGAAGAACCCCGACGAGGCGCCGCCGCCCGCCACGAAGCACGUCCCGGAGCCGGAUCAGGUGGUCGAUCAAGAGCCGCCGGCGCCGCCCGCCGAGGCCGACGUCGUCCCGGACGUGCCGCGAGACAUGGCGGCGGGGGACAGGAGGACGCUGUCGGCGGCGCUGCGGGUGGCGGCGGCGGUGCUGAGCCUGGCGGCGUUCGUGCUCAUGGCUAGUGUCCGGACGUCCGGGUGGGACAGCGACCGCUACGACCUCUACGAACAGUACUACAGGUAUGCCCUCGGUGUGAAUCUGAUAGUCUGCGUCUACUCGACCGCGCAAGCAGUGGUCGAAAUCGGGCGCCUCAUUUCGCCGAGGUUUGCUGCUUCUCUGAACCCGAUAACCUACUGCGUCAGCCUCUUCCUGGAUCAGGUGUUGGCGUACCUCCUAAUGUCAGCCUCGUCGACGGCCGCGUUCGGCAAGGAGCCACUCAACACAAAAAUCAACAACGCAGUUUGGCUAUCGUUCCUUGGGUUCCUUGCGCUGGCCGCCAGCGCGCUCAUCUCCAUGGACAAUCUCUUCCGCCGCAUGCUCUGA